CUGAUAAAAAAUGGCCCUAGGUUUCUAACCAAGUUAACGCUGCAAUUCGUUGUAUAUUAAAAUUAUUCUUAAUAAUUAAAAUGUCCGAAUAAUUAGGCAAAUCAGCUCAGACUUCAGAGCUGUUUUGAAAGAUUCUUGUUGUUGAGUAUUAAACAGUGAAAUUAAACCCUUCAUAUUGAAAUCGAGGAAGAGAAUAAAUAAUUAAUUUUUGUUAUUUUUUUUUUUAAAAAAAAAGAAAGAAAAAUGGAGAAGGGAGACCCUUCUUCUUCUUCUUCCCCAAAUGACCAGUACUGUGCAAUUUCGUCUCCUCCUCCAUCUAGUGGGCAUGAAAGAAAAGCAGGAGGAUGGAGAUCUAUCAAGUACAUUCUUGGAAACGAAUCAUUCGAGAAGUUGGCUUCAAUGAGCUUGAUAGGAAAUAUCACAGUGUAUCUGAGCAUGCAAUACAACUUGAGUGGUGUAUUUUUAGUAACAGUGGUGAAUGUAUGGAGUGGCUUUUCCAAUGUUUCAUCUUUAGCUGGAGCUUUUGUUUCCGAUGCUUAUUUGGGCAAGUUUUACACUCUUCUUUGUGGCACCAUUGCUUCCCUUCUGGGCAUGGGGAUCAUAACACUAACUGCAGGCAUAAAUGCGUUCAGACCAUCUCAUUGCGAUCCGGAAUCAACAAUAGAAUGCCCCAAGGCUCUAGAUUGGCAGCUGGGGAUCCUCUUUACAGGCCUUGGUUUGUUAUCCAUUGGAGCUGGAGGAAUUAGGCCAUGCAACAUUGCCUUUGGUGCUGACCAAUUCGACACAAGAACAGCCAAAGGGAAAGCUCAAAUGGAGAGCUUUUUCAAUUGGUGGUACUUUUGUUUCACCUUUGCCUUGAUUUUGGCCCUCACUGCAGUGGUUUACAUUCAAACUAGUGUGAGUUGGACUUUGGGAUUUGCUAUCCCCACCAUCUGUCUAUUCUUCUCUAUAUCCAUUUUCUUACUUGGUCGCCACACUUACAUCAACGUGACUCCCCAAGGGAGUGUCUUCACAGACAUAUUGAAGGUAAUUGCAGCUGCCUUUCGAAAGCGCAGACGCAUUGUUGGCCCAAUCGAGACAGAUGACAAUUCUUUUUAUGAUCCUCCUUUGACUGCUGGAGUUUCCGAGUUGAAACUUCCUCGUACUGAGAGGUUCAAGUUUUUUGAUAAGGCCGCUAUAAUCACUAGCCCAGAUGAGUUAGACAAUGAGGGCAGGCCUAAAAACGAGUGGAGACUUUGUAGUGUUCAGCAAGUUGAGCAACUCAAGUGCUUAGUAGCAGUUUUGCCAGUUGGAGUUUCAGUGAUUGGAGCAUUCAUGACAAUGGACCAAAACAACACAUUUGGGGUACUUCAAGCUAUGCAAAUGGACAGAAGAAUUGGACCACAUUUCUUGUUCCCACCAGGGUGGAUGACAAUUGUCUCAAUGGUUGCACUUUCCAUAUGGAUUUACAUCUAUGAGAUGAUUUACAUUCCCAGGACAAAAAAGAUGACAGGAAAGGAAAAAAGGUUGAGUAUGAGGCAGAGAAUCAUAAUUGGCAUUGUCAUGUCAAUUCUUGCCAUGGUGGUAUCUGGGAUUGUUGAGAGACAACGUCGAAGCGCUGCCACGAAACGGGGCACCUUCAUUUCGCCGACUACCAUAUUCUUUCUUUUCCCACAGUUCUGCUUAUCCGGAUUGACUGAAGCUUUUGCUGCAGUUGCCAUAAUGGAAUUCCUCACUAUGCAAUUGUCAGAGAACAUGAGAACUGUUGCUGGUGCAAUAUUUUUCCUUUGCCUCUCCAUUGCCAGCUAUAUAGGCUCGGCCAUCGUCAAUGUAAUACAUUCUAUAACAGAGAAGACUUGUAAAUCACCAUGGUUGGGGAACCAUGAUCUUAACAAGAAUAAACUUGACUACUACUACUUCAUCAUAGCUGGUUUGGCAACUCUAAAUUUGGUGUAUUUCAGUUUCUUUGCUACUCAUUAUGUGGUGAGUAAACCGGAGCGUGAAACUAAAGAUGAUGGCUUUGCUUCUAGCCAUUCAAGUCACGAUUCUGAAUUCAAACGAGUACUGGACGAAGAGAGGGGAUUGACCAUACAUGAGCAUAAGUGAAUUUCAUUGAACAUUUGUCCAAUAACUUAUUUAGGCUGUUAUGUGAUUGUUUCGUAAAUAUUAGUUUUUAUGGAACAUCUUGUGAUUGUUUUGUUUUAGAUUUAAUUAGAUUUUGGGGAUUUUUGCUAAUGGCCAUGUUUGAAAAAUAAAUCAAUUGAAGAUAGAAUUACACGGAAAUCUUGAUCAAAGGGGAAACAAA